CUAAAACGACAACACACCCUAAAGACAUACAGCCGCCGACACCAGCUGAGUCACCUCCCAAAGCCACCGACUUAACAGUGAAGCCUCACCGUUUUAACGGAGCAGUGAGAGCGGGCCGCCCGGUGUUGUUGACGUCGCUUGGUGUGAGUCGGUAAAAAAGAGAAAAGAAAAAGAGGAGGGGGGGACUCUGCCGCCGACCACUGGAUCCAGACAGCAACGCAUUUGCGCAGCACACAGCGACGAAGAAGGUGAAAAAACAUCGCAGUGUUUAUAAAAAUGCCGUUUUCCGUUAACGGCGUCCUUUGCACGCUCGUGCUGCUGGUCCUGUGGCGGGCAGAGGAGCUCGCGGAAGCGUGCAGCUGUGCCCCGGUACAUCCGCAACAGGCGUUCUGCAACGCCGAUGUAGUGAUUCGGGCGAAGGUGGUGGGUGAGAGAGAAGUCGAUUCUGGGAAUGAUAUCUACGGGAACCCCAUCAAGAGGAUCCAGUAUGAGGUCAAACAGAUCAAGAUGUUCAAAGGGCCUAACCAGGACAUCGAGGCCGUCUUCACUGCUCCUGUAUCUGCUGUCUGUGGUGUCACUCUGGAUGCCAGCGGCAAGAAGGAGUACUUGAUCUCAGGCAAAGCGGAGGCCGGUGGUAGCAUGCAUGUGACGCUGUGUGACUACAUUAUGCCUUGGGACUCCCUGAGCAACACCCAGAAGAAGGGUCUCAGCCAGCGCUACCAGAUGGGCUGUGAAUGCAAGAUUGUGCGCUGUACCAUCUUACCCUGUGAAAUAUCCGCUCCUGAGGAGUGUCUGUGGACGGACCUGAUGAUUGAGAAGCAGGUUCACGGACGUCAGGCCAACCACUAUGCUUGCGUCAAGAGGGUGGAUGGAUCCUGCUCCUGGUACCGUGGUGUGGCACCACCCAAGAAAGACUUCCUGGACACAGAGGACCCUUAGUCACGUGGCACACCAAAUAAAUAUAAAUGAUUAAAUGGAAAUUUAAGACGACAACAUCAGGCAAAGUGAAUUUUGAUAUAUGUAGAAAUAAACAAAACUAAUGUGACUGAGAUAACCAGCUGGUCUGAAAACAAUCUUUAGCCUCUCUUUGUGUUUGUUGUCUGUAAGUGUAAGAAAAAAGCAACAUGAGGCUACUUUAAAGCUCAGCAUUGCUCGACAUUCACUGACUUAGAUGAGGCUCAAGGGUUGUUUUCGGAUACAGUUUCUGUAAAAACAACUAAAAUAGCAUCAUGAGACAUAGACUGGUCGAGUGAUGAUGUAACUUCCUCCUGAGGCUGGCGUCAGGAGGACAUUAAUGGGACAGAGCGCUUCCCGCCCCGUAAAGCUCUUUCUUUUUCAGCUCUGCUCUCCAAAUCCAUCAAUCAAUCCUAGAUCCAGACGACCAUUCGUUACCCAUCCUGUUACUACUUUUAUUACCUCAUUCUCCAUUUUUAUUCCAAAGCCAAAAUCCAAGUUGCCUUUUUUUAAAUGAUUGUCUCGCUCUUUCCGAACAUUAUUAUUUACUGCUUCUCUUAUUGUCUCUGUGGGGUGUUGUUUGGCCACUGGUGACGUCAGACACCCACAACACACUUCAUGCUUUCCUUUAAAAAGCACAUGAGUCAUCUUGCAUAGCUGAUCUUUUGUGGUUUUGUGAGGUGAAAAAUUUUUUUCUUGUCUUGAUUUUUAACUGAAGUGUGUGACCUCCACAGGCCUCGCUGGACCAGUCUAUGCUAUGUAAAGAUAAGUGCUCUAAAUUUAAACGUGCUCUUGAUGUAGAACAACACAGAAACAAUCAAAUACCCCAGAUUUCUUGCUCCUCCUCAUCUCAUCUUCAUCACUUUACCUUGUUGCCCCCACUAUGUAGCUGUACAGUUCCUAUGCAUAUACUUUUGUUGUUACUUGAUAAUUAUUUACUGCAUUAGAACUAGAUUUGCACUUUUUGAGGAUGAGUUCCAGUAAAGACAAGAGCCUAAACUCACUGAUGUUCGCCCAGACUGAGAGAUCCACCUCAGGUGGAUUGCCUAUUUUAAGUACUUUUGAUGCACCAUAUUUACUAGCGUAAGCAUAUUUCUCCUAUCUUUGUAAUGGGAGUUAAAACGGUACCUGCAGUAAAAGGAGAAAAAGGGGCGCAGGAGGGAUUCAGGAAGAAAAAGAAAGGGAAGUUAAAGAGUUGGUGGGGUGUUUUUUCAGUGUCUUUGUUUUAUCUGUUGAUUGUAAAUGCCAAAAGCAGUUUUUGAUUUUCUGAUAUAUUCUUGCAGGUGAUUAAUUUCAUUAGUAAUAAGGUCUUUACAUGCUUAAUGUUAGCUUUGACUUGUCUCUCCUGCUCCUUCCCAUUAUUAAUGAAAGCUUUAUUGCUAUCAUAGAAAGCAAGUUACUCAAAGUUUACAGUGCUGUUUUAUAAACCUCAAGCUACAUUAACAAAAAAAAAAAAACUAUAUAUGAUGGAGUAUUAGAGGCAUAAUUUAAAAGUAAACUCUUUCAAUUUUCCAUUACUUUGUAUUUUUUCAGUGUUAUUAUUAUACCUGUCAUGAUUUUUGUGUGUUUUUGGCUGUCUUUGUCAAAGAUGUAUUUAGCUGUAGUGUAGAGUUGAGAGGGUCCUCUUGCGCUGGAGUAACGUGAGAGUGAGAGAGAUUAAUCCUUUUUGGAGAGGUGUAGAGAAAUGAGAAUGGGUACUUUGUAUGAAUAGAGGACUGUGCAUGUGUUGAUGCUUUGUGUAAGUCCAGGCAAAGGACAAAAUAUUCAGUAUUAUCAAAUAAAAACGUUUGAAAGAA